ACGGAUCACAAUACUUACAGAAUAAGGACUCAUCCAGAGUGCAGGGAGAAUGAGGAGUCACCGGGGCCGGGGGAAGCAGCAUGAGUGGCCCAUGCAUCUCCAUUAGACUGACGGCCCUCAUGUUUCUAUGGAAGUGGUUAACACUAAGCCUGCUCCAGAGCUGGGUGUCAGUAGGGGCCAGAGCGGCCGACCACACCGGGGCUGGCUUCAGUGGCUCCACCGGGCCCCUUGGCUGGCUCCUGUCGGACAAGGGUCCUUUUCAGCACUCACAGGAGUUUGUUGAUUUCACAGAGCGCUACCAGCAAGGAUUCACCACCAAGUACAAGAUAUACAGGGAGUUUGGCCGCUGGAAGGUGAACAGCUUGGCCCUGGAGAGACAAGAGAACAAUGGCUUUUCCUUGCCACUGGACCCAGAGUUCCUUCAGACCAUUAGGCAACUGGGCAGGAGGCCCAGUCUCAGCGCCAUCACUGACAACAUUAUCAGGAAAUACGGAACCCACUUCCUGCUCUCUGCUACACUGGGAGGGGAAGAGUCAUUGAUGAUCUUUGUGGACAAGCGGAAGCUGAGUCGGACGACCGAAGUGAGUGAAUCCAAUGGCACAGCUGUGACUCUGGAAGCUCUGCACCAGCUGGCUGCCUCCUACUUCAUCGACAGGGAGAGCACACUGCACAAGCUGCACCACAUCCAGAUCGCCUCCACUGCCAUCAAGGUGACCGAAACAAGAACGGGCCCUCUUGGAUGCAGUAACUAUGACAACCUCGACUCUGUCAGCUCCGUUUUGGUUCAGAGCCCUGAAAACAAGAUUCAUUUGCAAGGCCUGCAGGCCAUACUACCAGAGUAUCUGAGGGCCAGGUUCGUGCAAGCAGCUCUCAACUACAUUGGCUGUAAUGAGGAGGGCCAGUUUGUGUGCCGGGACAGUGACUGCUGGUGCCAGUGUGCCGUGGACUACCCACAGUGUAAUUGCCCCCAGGUGGAUCUGAGGGCUAUGGAAGCCAGUUUACUGCAAAUCCGAGAUUCCUGGAAUAUGGCCAACCAAGAAUUUGAGGAGUCAGACGAGUUUCAGAACUUUGUUCGAAGGCUUCCCACAUUUUACGCCCUGAACACGUCAGCCAUACAGUACUUCUGGACGAUGGAGCCAACUGUUCACCAGCGCUACAAGCAGAUGGAGCUCAACACCCAGCAGCUCCUGAGCAAAGCACGACGCAUCGUCAACAAGCUUUUCACCCUUAGCAAGAGGUGUCGAACUCAGCCCAAAAUUAUUAUGCUGAGGGAGAGGCCCUUCAGCUACUGGCUGAACUACAUCCUCUCUAUCAUGUACUGCAGCGAGAACAACCACAUCGGCUCUUACCUGGAGGAGACCCGCAGCUGCUCCUGCCCCUACGAGCACCCACCCUGCCAGGGUGUGAUCCCCUGCUCGGUGGGUGAGGGCACCUCCUGUGCCUCCUGCUCCUAUGAGAACCGCUCCCGCUGUGCCACCUGCAACCAGGGUUACAUGCUGAGCCAGGGCGUGUGCCGCAACGAAGUACCCGACUCCACUGACCACUACAUUGGCUUUGAAACAGACCUGCAGGACCUGGAGCUGCGCUACCUUCUGCAGAAACGUGAUAACCGCAUCAGCAUCCAUGGGAUCUUUGUCAGCAAUGACGUCAGGCUGAAUAACUGGUUUGACCCAUCAUGGAGGAAGAGGAUGCUACUGACGCUGAAAAGUAAUAAAUACAAGUCAAACCAUGUGCACAUGCUCCUAGGGAUGUCUCUACAGAUCUGCCUUACCAAGAACAGCACUCUGGACCCCAUGCUGUCUGUCUAUAUCAAUCCGUUUGGGGGAAGCCACUCAGAGAGUUGGAUCAUGCCCAUUGACCAGAACAACUACCCAGACUGGGAGAGGACUAAAUUAGACCUUCCCUAUGACUGCUACAAUUGGACUUUGACUUUGGGCAACAAGUGGAAAACAUUUUUUGAGACAGUCCACUUUUAUCUAAGGAGUCGAAUCAGGGGGCCCUCUACUAACGGAAAUGGAACUGUAUAUUAUGAACCAUUGGAGUACCUGGAACCGGGGCGAAAUCUAGGCUACAUGAAAAUUAACAGCAUCCAGGUGUAUGGCUAUAGUAUGCACUUUGACCCGGAAGCGAUCCAGGACUUGAUUUUACAGCUGGACUACCCAUAUACUCAGGGAUCGCAGGACUCGGCCCUGCUGCAGCUGCUGGAGAUCCGGGAUCGGGUCAACAGGCUUUCCCCACCCGGAGCUCAGCCUCUGGACCUCUUCUCCUGCCUGCUACGGCACCGGCUCAAACUGUCAACCACAGACGUUGCCAGGAUCCAGGCAGCACUGCAGACUUUCACUGCCAAGCAGCCCAACUCGAUGGAAUACGAAACAACCAAAUUAUGUAGCUAAUAAGUGGGCAGGCGGCCAGGUGCACAGAUGGCAGAGCAGUUAUCACACAA